AUGAUAAAACAUUUGAAUCAGACCGCGGCAGCUGUUGAAUUGGAAUUGUAUAGUAUGGUGGGUCGUUUACAGAUCGAAAUUAAAGCUAUUAUUGGAUUCGCUCGCAUAACACCUGGUGACAUUUUUGAAGUGUCGAUCAGGCAUGGUACUCAAAAAUGGAAAACACGUGGUAAAAUUCAACAGGAUCGGACUCAGAGAUGGGAUCAUUCUUCUGUUAUAUUUACAUGUUAUCCAGACUGUCCCAUUGAAGUUAAGGCAAUUGAGGUUCGGUUUUUCAAGUCAAAAACACUGAGCGAAUGCUCUUUCGAUCCAGGUGAAAUGUUUUGCUCACAAUCACAACUUGUAACGGUUAAUUUGAAUCAAAUUGGGACACUCAAAUUAGAAUUAAUUGUUCAAUGGAUGCCGCUGAUGAAUGCAAGGAAUUCAAACAGUAUGAGUAGUGCAUACAGUUCAUUGUCCAAUGAAAAUUGUUUCUUUGAUAAUGCAUCAACCAGUGAUGCAGUUGAAAAGAAACCGCGGAUUUUAUUGCGAGAGAAAAAACGCAACAAUCAACUUAUGCGACAAAAAGAAAUUUGGCGUUCAUCAACAAAUAUCUUAGAUAGUGUUUACGAUGAUAUUAGCAAAUCAAUCCCAAGCAUUGACACAGUGGAGGCGUUGCCAGUAAAACGAGAACUUAAAAAAGAAUCGUCUGAAUUAAUGUACCUUAAAAAUGGAUGGAGGCGCUCAAUUAGCGUGUCACAACUUGUAGCAAAUUCAAAUCAGGAUUUAUGUGAACGUAUUUCCUCGAUCUCUCCGGUACCAACUGAGGAUGAAUUGUUAUAUCUUAUCGGAUUAGUCAAACCAUUUAUUGCAAAAUUGAUUCGAAAACAUCCUGAAAUUGCCAUCAGCAAGUCAUGCUUGAAUCGUUGGGAGAGAUUUUUGAAGUUAAAGGAUGAAGUACCAGUUGGUCGAAAAAACGAACUGACAAAUGGAACCGAUACCGAUUAUCGGAAUGAACAUAAUGGAAAUUCUGGGUUUCAGUGUGUCGAACAGACAUCAGAAAAUGAUAGUGGUAUUGAUUCACUGCGGCAACAUAUUUCACCAUAUAAUGCUAAGAAUUGUUCAACUAUCGAUAGGACAAGCUUCAUUGGGGUUACCGGAUCUGGCCCAUCACAAAGACGAUUCAGACAGAUAAAGGAGAAAGAAAGGCGCAAAUCUGUCGGAGUUAUUGUCGACUCGGCUUCUGAAAAUCAAUGCUUUGCAAAUCCGGAUGAAUUAUGGUUACGUUCAAGUUCCAACAGUUCAUCCAGUGGUUGUUCAGUGAGUCGCUUAUGGGAUCGAACAUCAGCUAAUGGGAUAUCUCUAGAACUACACCUUUGUCUCAGGCAUCACUUAAAACGAUGUUUAAGUAUAUUGACGACUUUAGCGGGUAUUUACGGUCCAUUAGAGUAUCGUGAGAAUAAAAUGUUGGGUAGGCUGGAGGAGGAGACAUCUACGCUAAAUGAAUUGAUCAACUUGGCGUCAAGAAAGCAUUUAUCGGUGACACGAAAAAAUGUAUUGUAUGAGUUAACCAAUGAUUCGGAAGUGCAGGAAAUAUGGCUUUCCGCAGUCUUUCAAUUGAAUGCCACUCUAAUUGUACCGAUGGAGUCGUUGCGGCUGCAGAUUCGUAGUCAUUUUGGAUCGAUGGUUGAAAUUCGUUACCCAGAUCUGGUCAACAACGUGAUCGACACUGUGAUGGCGUUGUUGACCGACAAAAGUACAUGGGAACCAGAAUACAUUAGUGUCUUUCAGUUUAUUAACUUAUUUCGUGGCAAGCAUGUCGCUUCGUUCGUCGAAAAUUUGGCACAUGAAGCACUGAUAAUGUCACAUCUAAGCUCACGCCAAAUUAAUCUUGUCAAAGAAGUUAUGGACCGAUUAUCACAAGUUCCAGUUGUUCCACCAUUAGAAAGUUUACGAUAUAUUUCUCUCGUACUUGUCUGUCCGGAUCGUAAUUUACAAUCAAUCAUAGAAACUUAUCUUCUAUCAGCAAGCGGACAAUUGCGUGAUGACCUGAUAAUGUGUUACAUUUGCCUUUUGGAGCAUGAGAAUGAGCAAAGUCGUAAGGGUGCUUGCCGUGCAUUAGGCACACUUGGAUCAUCGAAAGCAGUACAUGCGUUGACAUUUUUAUAUGGUAAUGAUCCAGCGCAAUCUGUACGAGAGGAAGCGCAUAGAGCAAUAAGUAAAAUGACGCAUAAUUUGGAUGAUUUAACAAAUGUCGAGACUACGAAAGUAUAA